UUUUAGACGUGUUUUAGAACUAGAGAAUCGUAAACGUAAGCUGUUUGAAAUAAGUUUACAUCGAGCAUCUUCCCCGAGGGCAAUUUAAAAAAUAUGCUAGGAAUGUGGUUUUUUUAUUAAAUAAAUGACGUGUAGAGAAAGUACACUCCAAGUUAUGUGUUUAUAAUUUUAACUUAGAUUUAAAUACGGGCGUUCCUUCUAAUCCGAAAAGUUUCACUUAAAAUGCAUCCAAAUAGGAGAAGAAAGAAACGACCUAAUUAUGGGAUAAAAACAGUGGAAGUUAUGAGAGGUUCCAACGGGUUUGGAUUCACAAUUUCAGGGCAACAACCCUGCAUUUUGAGCUGUAUCGUAGCCAACUCGCCCGCAGAUCAAGCUGGUUUAAGGGCUGGCGACUUUUUGAUAUCAGUGAAUGGAAUUUCUGUAUCGAAAAUAACUCACGACGCUGUUGUUAGCCUCAUUGGCAAUUGCAUUGGCCCCAUCAAGAUGACCAUAGCUGAGAAUUACUUCUCAGAUAGCAGCGACGAAGAAUUGGAGUGCAGCAGGAUGGUGAAUACAAGAAAACCAAAGUAUACACAUAAACCUAGAGUGCGAAAGGAAUUAAAUCGGACUAGUAUAGAUGCGAAGGCUGUCCCUAAACCUGUACAUAAUAAUAUCCCAGAAAGAUUCAUAAACGUCCCCAUGGAAGACGAAGGGAGCCCUGCGGAAUACAAAGCACUAGUAGGUUACCUGGGUACAAUAGAAAUGCCUAAACAACUGUUACCAAAUACAAGACUGCAAACAGUUUGUAGCUGCAUAAGGAAGUUGAGACAGGAAAAGAGGGCACCCACUGCAAUACUCAUGACAAUUUUACCGACUUGUCUGACUUUAAAAAACUCUGCUAACCAAAUCUUGGCUAUAUACCCGACGAAUCGAGUCGUUUAUGUGGGUUCCACAGCAGACAAAGAGACAAGAUAUUUCGGUUUGGUGACGAGCGCUAUUGGAGAUAUGAGGACGCAGGAAAACAACGAACAUGCUUGGAAUGCCGUCGAUAAGAAGCACAACAACGAUUCCGUAGAAAUAUCGAAUAGCUGCCAUGUGUUUGCUGUAGAUCCGAAAAUUCUCGACCACAACGUACACCUAUCCAAAGCCGAAACGUUUAAGAUAGUUUGCACUAGGAAUGCAGUGAAUGGACAUUGCAUGGAAUUUCCCGAGAACGCUUUGUACGUAGUCAGCUUGAUACAGAACAUGUACAAGUUGCAAAAUAAUGACAAGAAUGAGAAUUUUGGACCUCUGGUGGCUAAUUCGCCGCAGCCGAGUGCUUCUAGUAACUCUGAUUCAGGGAUAGGUUUCAGAGAUGACUGCGGCAACGUCAGCGACAGAAUUUUAGUGGUUGAAUUCCCUCACCACCGUCCGUUUCCUUUCCAAAGCUCUGUAAACCGACCUUCUGGAAUAGACGCUGCCAAUCUGCCGCUGGAAGGCCUAGAUAUACCGUUUGAACAUGACGAAUCUCAACAGAACAUAUUUUCGCGAAACGAAACCCAAUUUCUAGACAAAAAACAACUCAAUAACUUAAAUAACAUCAGAGCUUGUGAAAGUAAAGACCAGAAGUACAGUAACAUAACUCCGAAAAUCGGUACGAAGAUAUCGGACAGCUCUGAUGACAAUACUCAAAGUAUCGAAGCUGAAACGUACAGAGAGAGGGCUGUAGAUUGUCCGGAUAGUCCUCAAAAACUGUCGCUAAAAGAAAUAGCGACGAAUUUGGACUCGAAAAGUGGUUCGUGCGACGACGUAUCGAUGCACAGUUCGAAAAGCAAUGAACUCUCGAAUCUCCUGAGCAUUUUUAAAGUGCCGUUUGAAGCGAAAAAGCACAAAAAGCAGUUAAAAGUCGCGAGUCAGGAUGAUUUGGACAGGCACAAUUUCAACUACAAGCUCAGUCCGAAAGUUUACGGCUUCAGACCGAAUUACAGUUGCGAGGAGUUGAACAAUUUGGAAAGCAAUUUUAACGUGUGCGAUAAGUUGGGGUACGGAAGUUUGCAGGAUUUGAGUUGUCGCGAUGGCGUCUGCAGCGGCAAGAGGAUGAGCAUUAUGCAGAGCGAGCCUGACAUGAGGAUAAAUAAAGACGACGAGGCGUGCGAUGAUAACUUCGUGAAAUGUAACUAUACGGAAGGACCUUCGGCUUGGGCAGGGUCCUUUGAGAAACUACUGGCCGAUCCUUUGGGGCUGCAUAUGUUUGCUGAAUUUUUGAAGAAAGAAUUCAGCGCCGAAAACAUCUACUUCUGGAUAGCCUGCGAACGCUUCAAAACCCUAACCGCCGACCAUGACAGAAAAAACGACGCGCAGCGCAUCUACAGGCAACAUCUCAGCCCCGGCGCCACCGAGGCCGUCAACGUAGACGCCCCGGCUCGUCAAGGCGUCGAAAAAAACCUACAACGAGCCCCCGCGGAUCUGUUCGCCCAUUCGCAGAAGCAGAUAUACAAUCUCAUGAAGUUCGACAGUUAUCCCAGGUUUUUACGAUCGGAUAUCUACAGAAAAUGCCUGGCUGGUGAUGGAGAGAAGGUGGCGAUAGAUGUCCGGUUGUUAUUGCAACCGAUAUCGUCGCCGACGAAGUUGAAAAAAUCCGUCAGCAACGCUGAAGACAGGCGGAGAAAAUCGCUGUUGCCUUGGCACAGGAAGAAUAGGUCGAAAUCGAAAGAUCGAGGCGAGAGCGAAUACACCAAAAGGAGCCACGAGGGAUUAGAGUAUUUGAAGAACGCUGAGCCGGACACCAUUCAUUCCAGCGGGUCGUCGCUGACUUCCUUGGAUCUUGCCGUUGCGCCACAGGAUUUGCUUAAACAGAGCCAGCUGAACCAAGAAGAUUUAUCUAACAAUGUUGCCCGAACGGCACUGUGUCGGGUACUUUUGAGCAACGGUAGCACCACUGUAGUACAAAUCAAACAAACGGAAACCAUACAAGAGCUAGUUACUAGGUUAUUGGAGAAACGCGGUCUCACUUAUUCCUCGUUCGAAGUCUUAACGGACAAGCAUUUGAAGUGUUUGAACCCAGAAGACUCAUCAUUGACUCUGGCGGGUUGCGAAGUGAACGUAGAACAAAGGGUGGUGUUCAAACUCGAUCUGCCCAACAGGAAAAUGAUCAGUAUCAGAUCGAAAUACACGAAAAUCAUAAUAGACGUCCUAAAGCCGAGUUUGCACAAGUACCAUUACAAUUUAGAACAAAUGGUGGUACUCAACGGGAAUACGCCGAUAGAUUUGCACCAACCUGUUACAUCGAUCGAUGGGAUGAGAUUGAAAGUGCAGUUUAAGGAUGAUAUCAAGCCAGAAAACUUAAAUUCAACGACUAGGAAUAUCAAUAAUAAAACGAAAUUAGAAGAAAUAACCAAUAAAGUUUUCGAAGGUAUUUUACAAGAAAAAUCUGAUACUGGUGUACAUAAAUCUACACAGUCGGAUAAGGGAUCUGUAAAAAGCGAAGAUUGGGGUUCGGAACACUCGUCGACGAUCAUCGGAAAGUUCUUGAAACGUGAUUCGGGAAUAUACGAAAGAAAAAAGAAAAUCUCGGCUAGAUAUAAAGGCGUCGUUGAAGAGGUGAUGCGAGACAAUACGAAGAAGCCUCUGAUUGCCAAAAUGACGUGCGGCGCGAAUAAGUUCAACGUUUCCUGUAGCGAGAGCGAUGAAUUGGUCGAAGGUUUGACGCGAGCCCAACGGAGGCUCGACGACCAACGGGGCACCGAAAUCAACUUCGAAAUGCCGGAUUUCUUGAAAAACAAGGAAAACGACUACCAACAAAAGCAGCCGAGAAGAUCCAACGAAACGGAAAAGAGCUCAGCGAAAUUUUACCUCGGCGAAACCUCAGUACCUGCCAAUACCGACAAACUUCCUGUCAUAUCGUCCGCCAAAAACAUGAAGCUCGAAUUGCAAUCGAACUACGAAAACCGGACGGUCCUAGUCCCCAACAAAUACAGUUCCGAUCGAACUAAUUCGCCGCCGAAAACAAUCGAAGUAGUUCAAAUGUCCCAAACGAACCCGGUAGAUAGGAGGAACCACACGGAACCGCCGCCUCUGCCUCCCAAACCGAAAGUCAUACCCAUCAAGCCCCCCAAUUGGGGGCACUUGAACGGUUUUUACAAAAAAGACGUGCCCGUUGCGGAUAAAAAACAGACUAUGUUUUUAGAGCAAGCUUCUAGCAGCUUUGUGUGAAAGAAAUUUUUAUAUACACGAGUGUUUUAAAACGGUGAAUGAUUUUUUUAACCUUUUUUGUUUUUAGUUUCUUUUUAGCUUUAAAAUUUAAUAUUUAUUGAUAC